CAGGGAAGGGAGGGGGGGAGGGGGAGGGGGAAUCACCAACCCAGACUUUUGGUCAGGUUUUGAUUACUGCAGUUAGCCAUAUAAGUUACACCCAAGGGGACAAGCGCACACAAUGGGCCGUGCUGUUGUUGCAAGAGGGGGUGGAGCUACCAGCUAUGCACUUUGGACCCUUUUACGCGCGUUCGGUCGUCAUGUCGAGAAUCGAGUCGAGGCUGAGAGAAAGGGACGAUGCGAGGAAGGCUGCCGUGGCGGCCAGGCGGCUGGAGAAGGAGAAGGAGAGCAGGGUGGAAGAGACGUCCGAGUUCUUUUCCCAGCAGUUCUCCUCCCAGGUCAAAGCCAUUGAGGAUCUCCUAGAAGCAGCCAAGACUGUUCCAGAGACUGAGCUGCCGGGCCAUUUCAACUCCCUCUCAGACAACUUCCACCAGCUCCACAGACUGGUGGCUGAUGCCACUCUCUUCCUGGCCGGCUUUGAAAUCAAGACUGCACAAGAGCAUAUGUCUCAACUCUACACUCAGUUUACUUCAGUGCAAGAGCAGCUGCUGCCAAAGAAAAGGUUUUCGUUCAAGGCCCGACCAAAAAAAACCGGUGCGGCACCCAAGCAGACAGUGAACCCCAGUCUUUCCCAGGCCAGAGACACCGGGAGGUCACCACCGGCUUUGGCGGACCCGGACCCAGACCCGAAUCAGGCACGGUUCACUGGCAGGGAAAAGGAACUCAUAGCACCAACUAGUGGUGAGAUUCAGUUGCGUGAUGUGAACCUCGCUGACCUGAGAGAGUGUGAGGUGAGACUACUGGGAGCCCCUGUCACUCUACACAUCAACAACCUUGACAACUGCUGUGUCCUGUGUGGACCUGUAUCAAGCUCUGUGUUUGUGGACAACUGCAGAAACUGCACCUUCGUAGUGGCCUGUCAGCAGCUGAGAGUUCACACCACAGUGGGAUCAGUGUUCUACCUCCACGUCACCAGCAAGGCUAUCAUUGAAGACAGCAGACAGCUGCAAUUUGCACCCUACAACCUCACCUACCCCCAGCUGCAGGCACAGUUUCAGGAGUCAGGUCUGAAUGAGACGGUCAAUAACUGGGACCAGGUUGACGACUUCAACUGGCUGGUCUCGGGCACUCCCUCCCCCAACUGGUCCCUCCUGCCUCCUGAACAGAGAAGGCCGUCCUGGGAUCUGCCCACGACCAAUACCACCACCUCUUAGUAUGUCCUGCAUCAUUUUGCUGGUUAUACUCUCUACGUACCACUUGUAGUCAUAGUUUAUAAUCCGUUGCUUGUCUGUGUUGUGCAAGAGGGGAUAUUUUACAAUGAGCUAGUGGCAUGAGCACAUGCUGCUAUUCGUAUAUUAUACAAAAUCUCAUCAUUGUCUCUACAAAGUGACCU